AAAGAUGGUGUUUUCGCUUCGUAAUGUUGGCAGCACUCUAGAGUUCCCCACUAAAUGGACGGAGUAUUACUACUACUACUACUGUGCUUCCUCCACCAGUGAGGAAGAGAGUAGGGUGUUCGUAGCUGAUUUCACAACAAGAAGAAAGAGGAGAACAAACGGACGAAAAAAAAAGGAAAAGUGUUCUCAGUGCUUCCGAGGCGAGAGCAGCGGAAUUUCCACGGCGAGAAUCGGAUUCAGAUUGGAUCGUUUGCGGAGCAGCAGCACAGCCACAGCAGUGACGGAGAGCCAGACGAUCACCCUUUUGUGUUUACAUAGGCAUAAUUCAGGAUGAAUCCGAACAAUCAUGGCCAGGCCCGCAGGAACUCCACCAGCUUCAACAGGCACACCAACCCACCCAGGUCCAACCAUGGACACAACCGGUGGUCCAACAGAUAUGGCAAGGAGUACGGAAGGGAGUACGACAAUAGCUUCAAUCGAGGGGAAUGCUCUAUGGCCAACAACGGCAGUCCGAAGGAUACGAGCUACGUGCACGGCUACCCCAAAUCACAGUUGAGUCCCGUUUUGAGGAACAACCAUUUGCACUACAAUCAGGAGUCGACAGGUCAAGAUAGAAGACAUAUAAAUAAUGCGCCGGAGCGGAGGCAGAGCUACGCCCCUGAUCGAAGGCACAUGAAUAGUAUAAGUGAUAGGCGUCACAUAUCUCCACCGUUGCGUAUUAAUAUCUGUGAAAACAAUGGUAGUCUGCUGGGUUCUCCUCAGUCCGAUCAUCAGAGGCCGCUGCUGGACUUUAAUCAGAGGCGGCACGCAAGGGUUGUUGCAGAUGUUAGGGUGAGUCCGGUCCAUUUCCAGCAACAUUCCCCGCCGUUCUAUGGAAGGCAGAGCAGCGAGGACAGUAUUAAGAGCGAGAGUCCGUCGCGCAAAAGAAGAAGACUUUCCCGGUCCGGACAUCACAUCGAGUUGGCGUCGCAACCGGCCUCGCCUCCGAGGAGAUCGCCUAGACAGCAUCCGCCCUCUACGCACACGGUUCAGGGCAGUCCACCGUUGAGGAGGGCCCGGUAUCGCGAUCGCAACGACUUCAAUCAUCCCACCUUCCUGCCGAGUCCGCCCCCCAUGCCCAACCCACACGCCCAUCAGUCCACCGUGAUGAUGGACAUGAACCACCAAGUGCCGGUUACCAUACCCCUACACAAUCACCACCAUCAUCACCAUCACCACCACGAGCCACCGCCACCUCCGAUGUGGAGUUAUCCGGCCGCUCCGCAUAUUUCCCUUUGCACCGGUGGACCCGGAGCGCCUCCCCACGUUCACAAUUGCCACCUGUACCCGUCGCAGUUGUUGCCGCAGCAGUUCAUCGCUCCCAGUUACGGUGGAUUCGGAUCACCUCCCCCGACAAAUCACUAUCAACCGUUGCCACCCCCACGUUCCGAUAACAUUGAGAUGGAGUUACUGAACGAUCACCACGGGAACCACGCAGGCGGAGGCGGAGUGGCUCUGCAUGUGCCAACCCUGCAAGUGUCGCAGCCCGUUUUCCUGGGAUCGGAGGCUCGAGGACCUACCCAGCUGGAUAUGAGAACGAGGCGCGGCACUCGUUUGCCGCCUCCACCACCGCGUCCACGGUGGCCGCACGGUGGACCGCCCCCAGCCAUAAUGGCCGCCCCACCUCAAUACUCCGGAUUCCUGUUGCACUUUUUGGCAAUGUUCUCAAAUCCUCCUUUAUCGCCAUUCAGCCAAACCGAGCUGAGCAGUUCGGAGUCGGUCGGCGCCGAGACGGAGAACUACGAGGCUCUGCUCAAUCUGGCCGAGCGUCUGGGCGAGGCCAAACCCCGGGGCCUGGCCAAGCUCGAGAUCGACCAAUUGCUGAGCUACAAAUUCAACGCCGACACCCAUCAGGGCGACCAAACCUCCUGCGUGGUCUGCAUGUGCGAUUUCGAAGCGAAGCAGCUGCUGCGCGUUCUGCCCUGCUCCCACGAAUUCCAUGCGAAAUGCGUCGACAAGUGGCUUAGAUCCAACAGAACUUGUCCAAUAUGCCGCGGCAACGCCUCCGAAUUCACGGUGGUCGAUUAAAGGACGAGCAUAAUAAUUAAAAAAAA